UACGUGCUCGUAACAAUGAAAGUGACGUGGAGCAAUGGCAGUCGCUUUAAUGGCGGCACUUCCGCCGGCAACCAAAAUCCACAACUGAAGCUGGAGAUGAAUGCAUGGCAGCCUUUUACGCAGCACAACAAUUGGCUCAUCCUUCAGGCAACCGCUCCCAGUUUAAUGCAGCGGCAACGCGAGGAGAUCCCUGAAAGACGGACGGAGCCGGAACGACUUCCUGUCAAUUACUAUGCCUACAACCAUCGUUACAAUAACAGUGUGGCGUCUCCUUCGGCUGGCGGAAAUUACAAACCGGUUCCACCCACCGAUCCAGCCAGCUAUGUCCUGGCCAUCAGCCAGCAGAUGCGACGCGGGCAAAUCCUGCGACAGCUGCCGCCAGCCAAGGAAACUCAACCGAAGCAGGAGAUGGAGCCAGAGCAGGAGCCGGAGCCGAUGCCUCAGCCUCAGCCGGAAGUUCGCAAGGCGGCAGCAACUUUAACCCACCAGGCUAAUGGUGAUGAUGAUGGUGAUGGCGAAAACGCGAACGAAAUCGAUACCCUGGAAAAUGAAGCAGGUGGAGAGUUGGUGUCGCUCCGGGGAAUCGAAUCCUACUUGGCGCCCUUUGAGCGGGCUCUGGUGAAAGUGCGCGACAUUUGCGACACGCUCAGGAUGGCAAUUAACGGGGAGGAAGACGAGUUCGUGCCCAAUAAUUUGGAUGCCACCACAAGCGAUGCGAAGGCAUCGCCAUUUACUGUAACAUCAAAGGAGCUCCUCGUCCAAGGUCGAUCCCAGCGUCUGGCAGCUGAAACCGAGGGCCGCAAGCUCAAGAAGCUAAAGAAGAAGAUCCAGAAGCUGCUACUUCCCCUACUGAUAGCCUACAAACUGAAGUUCCUCACCCUCAUACCGGUGCUCAUUGGCGGACUCACACUCCUGGUGGGCACCACGGGUUUAGCCGGCUUCUUCUUUGCCCUUUUUACGGCCGUAAUGAGCCUAAAGAGCUCCGCGGGCGGUCAUGCCAGCAAGGCGCUGGUCUUGAAGAAACUCUGAUGGGUUUAGAUUUUAAGCAAAUUUCGGGGAUUAAGCAGUUUGAUUUGGGUUUGGUCGAUGGUCUGGGACUAUAAA